AUGGGCGGGGACUUUAGUUUGGUUUUAGAUAUAGCUAUGGACCGUUUCGGUGGAAAUCCUCACGGGAGUAUUGGUAGCCCAGAAUUGAAGCGGUUGUUAUCAAAAUAUCAUUUGAUUGAUAUCUGGAGACAUCAACAUCCAUCAUUAAAAACUUGUACUUGGUCCAACGUGGACCGUUCUAUAAUGUUGCGAUUGGAUAAAUUUUACAUUUCUGUGGAUUUGGUGGAUGAUAGUAAGAUAGUAACUGGAAUUCAACCAUGUCACUUAUCUGAUCAUGAUUUGGUUUCCUUUAAUAUUUUUGAUACGAAUCACGUUAUUACGUGGGGCCGGGGUGUUUGGAAAAUGAACACUUCUCUCCUCAAGCAUGAAAAACUGCGAACUGAGAUUCUAUCUUUCUGGUCAGACUGGACUGAGGCGAAGAUGUUAUUCAGUGAUGUCGGGGAGUGGUGA